AUGUUGAUUCGUUACAGUGUUUUAUAUUCCGUACUUGGAUUCUUGAAAAAAAAGAAAAUAGGAUGUUUACGGCCAGAUAACAUAAUCAAAAGACAAUUAUGGACUAUGGGUAUUUGUCAAAGUUCUUCAUUAUCAAGUAUGCUAUCAAGAAGUUUUGCGAACGGAAGCAGCAUAUCUCCAGCUAUAGAAAAUACCACAACUGUAGUACGUAAACCGGUUCGUAGACGUAGACCUUUAACUUCAGUUUAUGACUCAGCAUAUCCGAGAGGACCUGAAAUAGUUGGUGUGGCAAUGGCAGAAUCUUUUCAUCUCAUUAAUUUACUUGAUGAUCAUAAUCUAUUCAAUCUCUAUAACUGCACACAUAUUGAUGAGGAGAUUGAUGAUGGUUUACAUUUCAUACCAAAACCACAAUAUGUUAUUGAUAAGGACGCGAUAAAGGAAUUCUUUCUCUUUUCUGAUGGUGUUGUUGUCUUUUGGGGGAUCAAUCAAAUUGAACGUAACCAGAUACUCGACAUUUUAUCACAGUAUACUGAACAACCGUAUGAUUCAACAGUUGUUCUGGAAGAAACUGAUACCUUAUCAUUUCGCAUGGUAAAAGAAGGCGAAACGCGAUUGAAAGGAGAACAGUUAUUGCUUAAUUUCACGGAUUACUUGGACGGACAUUUUUCAUCAUUGGCUACUUUAGAGCGAUUUGCUUUUUCCCAAGGAAUGGCUGCUUCGGUGAAGGUUGCAAUUUGGGAGGCGCAGCUAGUCGAAUAUGCUGAACCACUUGCAAGGGCUUCGAAAGGUUUAAGUAUCGGCAAAAUUCCGUUAAAAAGAAAAAAUGUUUUAAUGCAAACUGGUACACUAUUAUCACUUAGACAUUCAAUUAAUUUAAAUACCAACUUAAUCGAUUCUGAUUUCUAUUGGGAAAAACAAGACUUGGAACCGUACUAUAGGAUGGCUUUGAAACAUUUUUCUGUAUCCACGCGAAGAAGAAUGUUAAAUGCUCAGUUAGAUUACUGCAGUGAAAUACUGAGAGUAGUAAACGAUAUGCAAACUCAUAAUCGGGAAGCACGAUUGGAAUGGAUGAUUAUUUGGUUAAUUGUGAUUGAAGUGUUUAUCGCUAUUAUUGAACAUUUCGGCUUUAACAUGGGUUCACCACAGAAAGUUGUUAUUGAUAAUUGUGAUCAGUUGGUAAAAAGUAUAAACGAGUUACAGAAGAAGUAG